UGGCUGGCGGCUUGGCGGCUUGACUAAUCAGAAUCUAGAACACAUCCAACCUAUUGUUUACACUUUGAUCUCGUCAAUAAUGGCAAUUUUCUUCAUUUUAACCCUAGGGUGGUGAGGGGAACCUCAUGCCAGAAUCAACAAUGGAUGUUGACCUCAGCGGAGCGAGUGUGUCGGACAGUGAGGGUUGUGGCGGUGGUUCGUCGUCAACUCACUCCAGCAGUCAAGCAGCUAUGUCAAGUGGCAACAAGCUGAAGCGGUCUAGCAGCGCUCCCAUGAUUAACCAAUUGGUGCUGCAGGGUCCUGUAUCCAACCCACCCUUAACUUCUGCCUCAAGAGAAGGAGUACUAGGGGACACACAAGGAACACAGCCUAGAGUUCGAAGAUUUAGUGCAUCGUUUGGCCCCGUUUCGCCACUGUCUCCGGGCAGUUCGAGAGGCAGUGGGCCCUUGCGUGUGUGUCAGCUAAGGGUGGAGGAAGGGAUGGAUGUAGUCAAUCGUGAGGCAGCCCACGAACGCACCGUCCAGUCAACCUUACAGAUCACAGACUGUUUAUCUCAGUCGUGGGAGGACCUGACCUUAACAGAAGACAUCGGUCGACCCAAGCCUCACACGAUCCCAGGCAGCGUCCCAACAAGCAUAUCCACCCCAAUCAGCGUGUCGACCAACGUAAACACAAACACAUCGGGAGCGACCUUGAACACGACAUCCAUCCGACGUGAUUUCACCGACCCUCUCCACUUAACGAUUGUUCCCACGGUCCUGCCACUGACUGGCUGCGGUGCAUCGCCAACUCGGGGCGUUGGCAGACAGUGCUUCUCGCCCUCGCUCCAACAACACGUUCGAAAUAUGUCAUUCUGUCCCUCCCCAUCACCAACAAAGAAAACAUUCGCCACACGGAGGAGUCUAAGCCCCAUAGCUCUCCGGCCGUCGCCUCUUGGGGCGGGACUCAAGCGGAAAUGGGACGUAGAUGAUCGGUGUGAGCCGUUUGUUACCCCUAAUAAACGUAUGUCCUCCUGUGCACCAGAUCGUUGCAUUGGAGGUCUUUUAAUAACCCAGCCCCAUAGUGUGGGAUCCCUAGACAACUCCCCAACCCCUGGGGGACCAGGUUCUUUAGGGAGCGUAGGAACUCCUGAAUCAGUAUGUUCAUCAGAAUCGCCAGGACUCUCAUCCCAAGCGUAUUCGCCCGUCGAGGCUGGUGUCCACACACCCGAAGCCCCACCACACCUGUUCAAGCCCGUGUCACCGGCUCUGAGCACAGAACACACGUCUGCAUUUGGUAGCCAACAGGAAAAUGACCGGUUUGUAAGCCAAAAUCACUCCUCAUUUGAUAACCGGGAGCGGAAUCGUUCUUUCAGUGGUCCCGAUCUCUCCGAGGAGUUCCGCUCUGGGGUUGCACGAGAUCGGUUUCUUACCCGGGAUCACAAUGACCGGUUUUCUGGGCAAGAACAUGGCGGACAAUAUCAGGACAGCUGUAGUCCCCGAAGUCAAUUCUUACCCCAGGUUCAAAAUGUUGGCUUUUCCAACCAAGACCACAGCUCUAGGAGGGAGCAUUAUGGUCCUAGGGGUGUUGCAUCAUAUGAGACCAGCCAAGACCACAUCUCUAGGAGGGAGCAUUACGGUCCUAGGGAUGUUGCAUCAUAUGAGACCAGCCAAGACCACAUCUCUAGGAGGGAGCAUUAUGGUCCUAGGGGUGUUGCAUCAUAUGACACUGAAACCAAGAGCCUCGACGCGAGUGACACCAGUAGUUCUAGUGACGCGAUGGUGACGGAUGAUGUCCCAUCAAGUGACACCAAAUCAUACCAAGAAAUGGACUUGAGUGAUCCUAUAACCCAACCCCCUGUUAACAUCUGACAUCAACUGUGACUGUCAUGUGCCUGUCAUGAACUGUCAUAUGCCAGGAUAACAUGUAUGGAUUGUGUCAUACCAGUAUAUACUGUACUUUAUAUCUAACAUCAUGGAAAAUACCUAAUAUUCUAUCAUGUCAUUCUUUAUUAACAUGAUCUGUGACUCAUACCUGACAUGACCUGUCAUAUGCCAAUAAACUUCUGAUGAGUGCAUCAUGCCAGUAAAUAUAUGACAGCAUCUUUCAUGUCAGUAAAUAUUUAAUUUAUCUACUCUCUGUGAUGUCAUAUUGUCAUGUCAUGUAUAACUUGAUGAAAUUGAGGUGUUGUGUGUGAUAUGACAGUAGUAUGCCACUCUAAAACUGUCAAAUAAGACAGGACAGGUGUAUUAACCCAUAUUUGUCAUAUCAGAGGUGUCAUUUGCAAAUGACAGUAUGUACACACAACUGUCACCACAGAUGGAACCUGUGUGAACAUAUGAUAGAAUAGUUACCGGUAUAUCUACAGAUUGAGGGAUGAAUAUACACCGAGUGGUAUACGCACAUGCAACUUACGUGUAUUUAAACCCAUGUGGGUAUAUGUAUGUAUGUAUGUACAGUAUGUAUAUUAAUUUAUUUAUUUAUUGUAGCGAAGUGCCUCAGGUCGACCAAGCUGCCAAGUGGCCCGCUGUGUUGAAUAAUUGCUAGUCCAUAUAUUAUUGUUAUUAUUAUUAUUUGUUCAAUUAUAAGGCCAUGUUUUUUGUUGUGAGAGAGAGUUACAGAUUGGGCAGAGUGAAAGAGAGAGAGAGAAAAGGGGGAAGUAGAGAGUGACAAAUAAAGACAAUGGGUGGGAGGGAGAGACAAUGACUGACCUGACUUGACCUGACCUGACCUGACCUGUCUUCAGAAAUACAGUAUAUUGAAACAAAAAAUCA